AUGACGCCGUCAAAUAAUGGCCAGGUCGCGCCAGCGAACGGCGACGCAAUAGCCAAGAUCGGACCCCAUCCAGGCUUCAUCUCCAGCUCGAACCAAUACACAUCAGAGCUCAAGCUCCGGCGCAUGCUGAAGGACAAUGGCUGCGACCCAGCGAGGCAGGACACCUACCGUUUGCAAGGCGUGCAACUGAUUGACAAUGUGCGAGACUACUUGCAGCUACCUGUUCGAACUUUCGAUACCGCGUGCACCUACUUCCACAAGUUUCGACUCAAUUUUAAAGACGCCGAAUACAACUACCAGGAUGCAGCACUGGCCUCGUUAUUUGUGGCGUGCAAGGUUGAGGACACAAUCAAGAAGUCAAAAGAGAUUCUUGCGGCGGCGUAUAAUGUCAAGAACCCAGACAAACCCGCUGCGCCUGAUGACAAGAUUUUCGAAGGCCCCGGCAAGAUGAUCAUCUGCCUCGAACGUCUUAUCCUUGAAACAAUCGGCUUCGAUUUCCGGACGCGCUACCCCCAGAAGCUCCUCGUCAAAGUCGUCCGCGACAUUCUCGGUAAAGAGGAUGGCAAAGCCUUCUUCGAAACCGCAUACGCCAUGUGCAUCGACAUCUACAAAACAUUCGUGCCAGUCAAGCGCACCACCUUUUCCAUGGUCAUGGCCGUCGUGGAGCUCACAGCCCUCAUGACAGAAAAACACGUUGACAAAGUGCGCGAGUACGCAAAGACAAAACACCAAUACCACCAGGGCGCCGUGAUGGAGACGAUGCUGGAUAUACUAGACCUCUAUGUUCAGCACUACAAGUCCACAAAGCUUGGGGCGCAGUUUGACCAGAAUAAGAUCAUCGACAUUAAGAUUAGGCUUAACAACGAUCUUGACAAGGCGUUCGAACCGCGUUAUCUGUACUUCUGCUCCCGGUGCGAAGCCGAAGACCCGCAGCCAUCCACACCGGCAUCUGCAACGUCGCCUGCGACAUCAAUAUCAUGGCCAGGCGAUGCUUCGGGACGGCGUACCGCGCGUGGGCAAGAUGGAACGAUGCGAUUUGUGUUUGACCCUGAGGCUGCUAAGAGUGAGCAGGAGACGACAAGCGAAUUCUUCAAAGAAGACUUUGAGGAGUACGAAGUUGAGGUGGAGGAGCCGGUCCCUCCGCCGCCUCACCAUGAGGGAGGUGGACGAGGAGGUUACCACGGGCACAGAGACCGUGGAGACCAUAGACGUGGAGGAUAUGGGGGAUAUCGAGGGGACCGGCAUUACAGAGGAGGACGGGGUAGACACUACUGA